CGCCGUCCUGGCUCGCCUGCGCGCGCUGUGCCGCGGGGCCUGAGCCGCCCUCCGUCUUGUCUUUCAGAUCCAGAACAUGAACAACAUCAUCUCCUUCCCGCUGGACAGCCUGCUGAAGGGGGACCUGAAGGGCGUGAAGGGGGAUCUGAAGAAGCCGUUUGAUAAAGCCUGGAAGGACUACGAAACCAAAAUAACCAAGAUCGAAAAGGAGAAGAAGGAGCACGCCCGGCUGCACGGCAUGAUCCGCACGGAGAUCAGCGGCGCCGAGAUCGCCGAGGAGAUGGAGAAGGAGCGGCGCUUCUUCCAGCUGCAGAUGUGCGAGUACCUGCUCAAGGUCAAUGAGAUUAAGAUCAAGAAGGGAGUGGACUUGCUUCAGAACCUGAUCAAGUACUUUCACGCCCAGUGCAAUUUUUUCCAGGACGGACUGAAGGCCGUGGAAAGCCUCAAGCCCUCCAUCGAGACGCUGUCCACCGACCUGCACACGAUCAAGCAGGCCCAGGAUGAGGAGCGGCGGCAGCUGGUCCAGCUGCGGGACAUCCUGAAGUCGGCGCUGCAGGUGGAGCAGAAGGAGGACCCGCAGCUGCGCCCGAGCACGGCCUACAGCCUGCACCAGCCGCAGGGCAACAAGGAGCACGGCACGGAGCGCAGCGGCUGCCUCUACAAGAAGAGCGACGGGCUCCGGAAGGUGUGGCAGAAGAGGAAGUGCUCCGUGAAGAACGGGUUUCUGACCAUCUCCCACGGGACGGCGAACCGGCCCCCCGCCAAGCUCAACCUGCUCACCUGCCAGGUGAAGACCAACCCCGAGGAGAAGAAGUGCUUCGACCUCAUCUCACAUGACCGCACGUACCACUUCCAGGCGGAGGACGAGCAGGAGUGCCAGAUCUGGAUGUCUGUGCUGCAGAACAGCAAGGAGGAGGCGCUCAACAACGCCUUCCAGGGCGACGACCCGCCCGGCGAGAACAUCGUGCAGGAGCUGACCAAGGAGAUCAUCGCGGAGGUGCGGCGGAUGCCGGGCAACGACGUGUGCUGCGACUGCGGGGCGCCAGACCCCACGUGGCUCUCCACCAACCUGGGCGUCCUGACCUGCAUCGAGUGCUCGGGCAUCCACCGGGAGCUGGGCGUGCACUACUCCCGCAUGCAGUCCCUCACGCUGGACGUCCUGGGCACGUCCGAGCUGCUGCUGGCCAAGAACGUGGGGAACGCGGGCUUCAACGAGAUCAUGGAGAGCUGCCUUCCCGCUGGGGACCCCGUCAAGCCCGGCCCAGGCAGCGACAUGAACGCCCGGAAGGACUACAUCACGGCCAAGUACAUCGAGAGGAGGUUUGCGCGGAGGAGGCACGCGGACAGCGCAGCCCGGCUGCACGGCCUGUGCGAGGCCGUCAAGGCCAGGGACGUCUUCGGGCUGCUCCAGGCCUACGCCGAGGGCGCGGACCUCACCGACAGGGUCCCGCUGGCCAACGGGCACGAGCCGGACGAGACCGCCCUGCACCUGGCCGUCAGGUCCGUGGACCGCACCUCCCUGCACAUCGUGGACUUCCUGGUUCAGAACAGCGGGAACCUGGACAGACAGACGGGCAAGGGCAGCACGGCCCUGCACUACUGCUGCCUGACCGACAACGCCGAGUGCCUGAAGCUGCUGCUGCGCGGCAAGGCCUCCAUCGAGAUCGCUAACGAGGCCGGGGAGACGCCGCUGGACAUCGCCAAGCGCCUCAGGCACGAGCACUGUGAGGAGCUGCUGACGCAAGCCUUGUCCGGAAGGUUCAACGCGCACGUGCACGUGGAGUAUGAGUGGCGGCUGCUGCCCGAGGACCUGGACGAGAGCGACGAGGACGUGGAGGAGAAGCUGCAGCCCAGCCCCAGUCGGCGGGAGGACCGGCCGGUCAGCUUCUACCAGCUGGGCUCCGGCGCCGCGCCUUCAGCCAAGGACAAGCCGCGGGCCUUCGCGCCCAGCAUCGUGCAGAACGAGACGUACGGAGCCGUCCUGGGCGGCAGCCCGGCCCCCGGCCCGCCCGCGGCCCCCGGCCCCGCCAGCGCCCCCCCGCUGCCCCCCCGGAACGUGGCCAAAGCCCAGGCCCCCGCCACCAACGCCCCCUGGAAGACGAACUCUGUGAGCGUGGACGGAGCCGGCCGGCAGCGGUCCUCGUCAGACCCGCCCGCCGUCCACCCGCCGCUGCCCCCACUCCGCGUGUCGUCCACCAACCCCCUGGCUCCCACGCCGCCCGCUCCCGCCACCAAGAUGCCCGGGGCCCUGGACGCCCUGAGCCAGCAGAGCAAGCUGACCCCGCCGGGCAAGACCAUGGCCCCGGCCCUGCCGCAGCCGCAGCCGCCCAGCCGCCUCCCGCAGAGGAGGCCUGCCCCGGGGACUGACAAGCCUGCCCCCCUGGUCCCCAAAGGCCAGCCUCGAGGCCCCGCGGCGGACCUCUCCGGCACGGAAGCCCUGGGUCCUCUGUCCAGCACCCCGGCCCUGCAGCCCCCCGCGCCCAUGCCCAGGAAGUCACAGGCGGCCAAGCUGAAGCCCAAGCGGGUGAAGGCCCUCUACAACUGCGUGGCCGACAACCCUGACGAGCUGACCUUCUCCGAGGGGGACGUGAUCAUCGUGGACGGGGAGGAGGACCAGGCAUGGUGGAUCGGCCACCUCGACGGAGACCCCGGCCGCAAAGGAGCCUUCCCCGUGUCCUUCGUGCACUUUAUCGUGGACUGACUCGCUGCCGCACACACCCCCUCGGCAGCCGUGUUCCCGUUCCGUUCCUAGCACCCGCACUCCUGCCAGAUGCCGGUUUCACGAACUGUAGGCCCAGGCGUGGUGGGUGGCUCCACUGCCACUCCCAGUUCCGUUUUUAAAACUCAGAGGCAACUUCUGUCUACAAAUGGAUCGUUUGUAUACUUUGUGAUUUUCAUGAAACGUGGCUCCGCUUCUAUUAGGAAAAACCGGACUGCCUAAAAGGUGAGCUAAAAAGCUAUUGUAACUCCAGUCGAGAUCCUGGAUCAACAGGAGCGGAACCCGACCGAGCUGAGGACUGGAAGUCCUUCCUGCUCUCCUUGGCCGUCUCCGACGUCGAUGCGCGCCAGCUCUCCUUGUUUAGGAGGCUCCCUGCUGUCAGUUCCCCUUGACAGACUUUAAAGAAAACACCUCUUCAAGAUUUCCUUUGAAAGCCACUGUGUUUGGUUACAGCGACUUGGAAGUGGACACACUGGCAUUGCACUUCCCGGCCCCGGCAGGAGGGCACGGCUCUCCGUGUAUUCUGCAUGUGUGUGUGGCCCGUGUGAGCAGUCAGCCUCCCUGACGGAACUGCCAGCGGCCUAUCCUGGUGCAUGAGAGUUCAAUCAGGUCCAGGGUGAGCGAAACUGCGUUUCCUGAAUUCAGCUAGAAACGAACGGUGGCAAAUGGCAAAGCUCUUCCCGCUGUUUGGAUGCUCUGUGUUUCGGAAACUGCCUCCUGCUCCCUCCGUCGCACAGGUAGCCCGCCGGGCGGGCCCCGUGGUCGCCCCCUUCCCUUCCCACCCAAGAAUGCGCCCUCAGUCUAGUGUCCGGUCUUUGUAUCUCAUGCCCAGAGGGCUGUUGGCCCCACUGUCUUACAUUCCAUCUGUCCCUUCGUCUGUAGCCAAGAGCACAUCAGAAGCCCGUAGGCCGGGGGCGAAGCAUGCCCGGACACCACAGCGUCACUCUAAGCACCGUAUCCCUCUUCCACUUAAGCUACCGGGGCUGGGGUUAGGUUGUAUAUGAUUAAAUCAACUCAUUCGUUGGAAGAACUUGACUGUCAUGCCUCUACCAAGUCAUUGAGCGUGCUCAGUGGGGUGGGGUGGGAAAUGUUGGCCCUCGGGGGAGAAACGGGCGUAAGUGCCCACCGGCUUUCUACCACCAGCCGAGGCCUGAGCUUCGGAGCGAAGCAGCCUGCUCAUGGGGUCCCUCUUGUACGUGUAGGACGUUUGCUUUUGUCUGUCAUUGCGUCGUGGCUUUUGUUGCUGUUAUAAAGGAAGACAGAACUGGAAUGUUUUAUGAUGUUGUACGGCAAUUGCUCUUUGCCUGUCAAAAUUCUGGGUAACAUGUGUUAGAUGUAUAAUUAUUCUUAUUGUUUAGAGCACUACAUCAUUUUCACUGAUUGUUAACUUCUGUUGUUUGAACCCUCCGUCUAGUUAAGUUUGUCGCAGAUUUAAGGAAGCGAACAGAUGUGUUUUGCACUGUGCACUUCCUGUAACAGCCCCUCCACCUCUGCCUCUCGCAACCCACCUUUGACUCCUCGGUGCCAGCUGUGAGAGGGUUCAUUCCGAUACCACUCCCAGUCCACAGUGCGGUGGUGCUGUUGUGCAUAUGACUCAUGAAUAGGACUCUUGUCAGAGGAGAAAUCACACACUUCCCUGCUGAUAGCCUUUCCUACUUAUUUGCUCUCUGCAAAUAAAUAAAUUAAAGCAAGUGAGAGGAAGGAAAGCGUUGUAGAUACCUAUUUAUACUCCAGGUCUGUGUCGUGAACUUCGCUUCGGGAUCGUCCGCGUGCUCUGCGGGGGUGGGCUCUGGUGCGUGUGGAAAUGCUCGGAGAUGUAUGAUAUUCAAGUCACCCCCUCCAUCCCUUUGGUCUAGUUGCAGCGCAACUGUACAUACUGUAUAACCUAAAUCCUUAUUUUCAUUGUCCGCCAUGCAGUGGUUUAUACCUAGAGCAUGUCAAUAAGUCUCCUCUUCCUGGUGACUAGUCAUCGGACUAGGAAAAAUAAAAUGCUUUUAAAUGGA